UACACUAAACAAAAACAACACAUCUUCUUAACCUCAAAUUUGAUUACUCGACCGACCGGGCGGCCACCAUUAGUAGUUUUAAAUUAUUUUAAAAGUUAGCCUUUUAUUGUUUAGCACCUACUUUUGUGUUUACCUUUGUUUCAAUUCAAGGAUUGGCAAAAUGAUGUCCUCAUCUUCUGUAAUUGUAGAUAAAAUACAUUCUACUGUUAGAAUUGACAGCCCUACUCAUGUAAUAAAUUUAUCAGAACAGGUUUUUAAAGUAGAAAUGUCUCCUUUUGAAUGGUCUCAUAAUCUUAUUUGUGUUGCACAUUCAGAUGAAAUCAUCAUUGGGACCGUCAAAUUUCAAGAAGAAGAUGAGGAGAUGGAAGACGAAAUUGAAUUUGAGGUCAUAAAAUCUUUUAAAAUUGAAAAGCGGGUUCAUUCUUUGGCAUGGUGUCCUGAAACCUCUUUGAACAUUAUACCCAAAAGCAUUAUCUUUGCCUGUGGUACUGCGAAUCAUAUACAUAUUUAUUCAACUAAUAUGGCAGACAAAACUCAAAUGCAGGAACUGAAGGGACACAGCAGCUAUGUCAACAGCCUGGCGUACGAACCCUCAGGCGAUCUAUUAGCCUCAACCAGUGAUGAUCUGACUUGUCGUAUCUGGGCUGUCAAAGAAGGUUCUGCUUGUGUGACCGUGUUUGUACUCAAGUCUCCAGGUGUGUCUGUCUGCUGGCACAACGCAGACCCUGGCAAGUUGCUCGUGGCGGAGAAGAGUGGCACAGUGCGUCUGUACAAUGUAGAGCGGCAGCAAGCCAUCCUCUCACUGGACACCUCCUUGGUGCCGCUCACUGCGGCGGACUGGUCUCCUGUCAAUUGCUUCCAGGUGGCAGCACUAGCCAGUGGCCACAUUGUCAUCUGGGACAUUACACGCUCUAGUCGACCCGUGGACGUCAGGAUGGUACAUCCCAAUGGUGGCAGUCUGCUGCGCUACUCCCAACAGAGCGAAUAUCACAUAGCAACAGUAGGUCAACCCGACAACUCUCUCAAGGUCACAAAUGUUAAUAUGAAGCACCCUGUAUGCAACGCCACCAUGACGCUUGCAGGAGGAGUUACUUGGACUUAUCGACUACCUUACGUAUGUGUGGGGAGGGACAGAUCUAUCUGCUUCUGGAAAGUUUCUACUAAAUAAAGACCUGUUACAUUUAAUAUAGACUUACUAAUUUUGCUCAUUCUUUGUAUUUAUUGUGUACAUUAAACAACUUUUUAUAUCUG